AUGUCCGAUUACCCCCACCAUGUCGCCAUCCUCGGCGCCGGCACCAUCGGUCUAUCCAUGAUCGCCCUUCAUCUCCGCCGGCCCGAUACUCACAUAACCGUCUACGACCCACGUCCCAACUACGAAGCCCAACUGCGCGCACACCUCCCCUCCUACCUCGAACCCGCAUCUCCAGACCCUCUAGCAACCCUCCUCACCACGCGCCUCACCCUCGCCCCCUCCCUCCCCGUCGCCGUCCAAAACGCAACCAUCAUCCACGAACAAACUCCCGAAACCACUCCCUCCAAACAAGCUCUCUGGGCCGCUGUCGCUGCCGCCGCCCCGCCCACCGCCCACCUCUGGUCCUCCUCCUCCGGCAUCCCGCCCUCAACGCAAGUAGCCACCACCCCAGCCCUCGCCAGGCGCCUGCUCGUCACACACCCCUUCAACCCGCCCCAUCUGAUGCCGCUCAUCGAGCUUGUGCCCAGCCCGGCCACAGACCCUGCCCGCCUCGCCUUCGCAGAAGCUUACUUUCGCGACGUGCCAGGGCCCGCCGGCGCGCGCGCGCCGUUCUACCGGCCCGUCACGCUGCGCCGCGAGGUGCCCGGGUUUGUGGGAAACCGGCUAGCGUUUGCACUGCUGCGGGAGGCGUGUUCGCUUGUUGGGGAGGGGGUGGUAUCGGUGGCGGAGGUGGAUACGGUGAUGAAGGCCAGUCUGGGGCCGCGAUGGGCGGGGAGCGGGGUGUUUGAGAGUUAUCAUGGUGGGGGUGGAGAGGGGGGGCAUUGGUGCGUUUUUGGAGAAGUUGGCGCCGACGGUGGGCGAGGUGUGGGGGUCAUUGGGGGAUGUGAGGAUUCGAACGGGGGAGGAGGAAGAACAAGCAGUAGGAGAAGAUCGGGACAAGGAGAAGUGGAGGGAGGAGGUGGUGAGGCAGACGGAGGAGGCUUAUGGGCCGGAAAUGUCGGCGGAGACGAGAGUAAGAAAGCAGCAGGUGUUGAAAGGCAUUUUGGAAGUGCAGAAGAGGGAGGGCAUCGAGUGAAGGCCGAGGGUUGA